AGAGAUUAUCCAUGAAAAACACACAUAAAUCUUGAAAAUAUAACAACCAAAAAUGUCAUCUAAAAUCCCUACCUUAGAUUUCUCAAGAGAAGAUUUGGAACCAGGAACAAAGUAUUGGGAAUCAACAAGCAAAAACAUAAGACAAGCACUUGAAGAAUAUGGAUGUUUCGUCAUAGAUCUUCAAGACAAGACUCCUUUAGAUCUUCUUGACCAAGUCUUUGGUUCUUUGGUCGAGUUGUUUGAUCUCCCGACACAAACCAAAAUGAAGAACAAAUACGAUAAGCCUUUAAAUGGGUAUGUUGGUCAGAUUCCAGCUCUUCCUCUUCAUGAAAGUCUUGGCAUUGAUGAUGCCACUUCUUUUGAAGCAACUAGAAGCUUCACCGGUUUGAUGUGGCCACAAGGAAACGAAAACUUCAGUGAAUGUGUACACAAGUAUGCGGAGUUUGCAGCCAGGCUUGAUCAAAUGGUGACUCGGAUGGUUUUUGAAAGCUAUAACGUCGAGAAACACUACAAACCAUACAUUGAAUCAACCACUUACCUUCUCCGCGUGCUGAAAAAUCGUGCACCAAACAACAAAAACCCUAGUUUAGGUUUUGUCACACAUACAGACAAGAGCUUCACAACUAUACUUCACCAGAAUCAAGUUAAUGGUCUAGAAAUGGAAACCAGGGAAGGAGAGAGAAUCAAUAUCAACCUAUCGUCACCUUCACUCUUCAUGAUCGUUGCUGGCGAUGCAUUGAUGGCAUGGAGCAAUGAUAGGGUUUGGUCUCCAAGACACCAAGUGCUAGUGAGCGGUGACACAGACCGAUACUCUCUUGGAAUGUUUUCAUUCAACAAUGGAACACUUCAAGUGCCAGAAGAGCUUAUUGAUCAUCAACAUCCUCUUAAGUAUAAGCCAUUUGAUCAUAUUGGUCUGCUUCGUUUUUAUCGUACUGACAUAGGUUACAAAUCAGUGUGUCCUAUCAAAGCCUAUUGUGGUAUUUGAAUCACUUAUGUAUCUUAUAUUCCAUCUGUUUCAAAAUAAUAUAUGUUUUGAAAUUUCAUACAUAUUAAUAAUAUAUGUUAA